GGGCUCUGAAUUGUGCUCCUGCCGCCUCCGGGCUCUACCUGUGCGCAGAGCCCAGCCGCCGGGCAGCUGGAGACGUGAGGGGGAGGUGCGUGCCGCUCCUGCCAGCCUCCUCCAGGGGCACUUCUGAAAUGCCACUUAGAUAUGCCCACACACCCCCGCUCCCCCCUUACAUUCUACUGUGUUUCCUUCUCCUGUGUCCCACCCCAGAUUAUGCGCCCAAUCCAGGUCACCAAGGAAUUGGCAGAUGGGUAGGAAAGACAUUGGGGAGACGGGCAAGAUCUGUAGUCUGAGAUCCGAAUAAAAGAGUCUGCGAGGAGGGCUUUGGAUUUAGGGGAGGAGGGCUGGAUUUGGGGAAAAGAGGGGAGCAAGGUGGGAAGCCACAGGCGGGAAGACUCAAACAGCUGCCUCUUCCCCGCCCUGCUUUGCCCACAAACCCACCAGCUUCUGUCUGGGCUCCUCCAGAGUGGGCGGUAGGGGCGGGAAAAGGAGUGUAAAGGGGAAACCGAGUCAGAACCUUAGCUUUCUCUACUUCCUCCUCCCCGACCAAAGAGGAGGAAAGGCAGGAAGGGACCAAGCCUAUGCCCUUCCAUAUGUAGGGGUCAUGGGUGAAAAAAUGUGCAGCUCGGGACGUACUGGGAACCGCGGAGGGUCCUGGAGGAAGGGAGGGAGGCCUGGCCAGCCAAGGGUUGGGGACGUCUUCCCAGACCUAGCCUCUCGACUUGGCCCUAGCUAGAGCAGACGCCUAGGCAGCUAAGGUUGAGGGAACUUUGAGUCUUGGGAGGUGGACAGAGGCUGGGGAGGUGGGUGCCCGGCCGGGACCGCUCAGAGAUCCGGAUCCCGUAGACUUUUUUUUCCUUCUCAGUCUCAGGAGCAGCAAAGACCCGCCCGGAAUAGUUGUGUUUAGAGAGGAGGGACUUGGACAAUACCGCUGGUGCAUCAGCCAAUCGUAAGAAGGCAAGGUCUUGUCUAUUUGCAUAUCACAAUGUCACUGGCUGGAUUCUCUACCCUCCACUCCUCUCCCACCCCGGGAUUUGGAAGAAGGGGUGGGGCAGGGAGAUCCUUCUCUUCUAGGAAGAUAGCUGGAUGCCCACACAGGGAGCUGCUGGCCACCAUCCCACUUCCAUGAUGUGGGAGAGAAGUCCCUCAGGGUGUCGCUGAGGGGACAAACUGAGGACGACCGAGGUCCUGGCUAGGGAACAUGCGUCCUUUGAUCCUGACUUAGAAUAAUGCAGUAGCAGCUUUGAAAUAGACAGAGCUGAGAUCUAAUCUCCCCCAUUUGUUAAGCCUGUGACUUUGGGCAAGCCACUUCUCCCUGCUCCCAGAUGUCUCAACUGUAGAACAGGGAGUCGGUCCCCCUAGCUGGCAGGCUCCAUAGGAGGAUUAUGUGGGAUGACCUACAACAUAAUUGGACAUUAGGAGGUGCUCCUAAAUGUAAGUCUCCUCCUCGACACCCCAGGUUCUGGCCAGAGUCCCCAUGGGUGAAAAGGGGGAUUAAUUUAAAUGUAAAAUCCAGGGUCCCCAGCAAAAUUUUGUAAAGGCAUCUCUAUCUUUUGUUCCCCAUGCACACCUUUCCUAACUUUGCCCUUCCUCAAGGUAUGGGGACAGGGGUCUCUCCCUGAUGGCUGUUGCCUUCCCUUCCCCCUGCCCCAUUUGUCCCAAUUUUCUCAUCCUUCCAGUUAAAAAUACCACUUCCUCCAUGAAGCUGUCUCUCUGUCUUCCCUCCCUUGCCUUCUCUGUGCUCCCACUGCACUCCAUGCAUUGGGCAACUAUGCCAGUUAUGCAUUUUACUGACAACCAUCUCCUCUUGGGUCUCUUUUCCCUGCUCCUGGAAGGCCAAGCGUUUGUCUUUAGGGCCCGGAAGACUGAAGGUGCUGGGGACAGUUUUAUGGAGUGUUGCUGAGUUCAUCUUUCUGGGGGCCGUGGGCAGCCCCUUGGUCAUGGACCCUACCAGCAUCUGCAGGAAGGCACGGCGGCUAGCAGGGCGGCAGGCUGAGUUGUGCCAGGCUGAGCCAGAAGUUGUGGCCGAGCUAGCGCGGGGCGCCCGGCUAGGGGUUCGAGAAUGCCAGUUCCAGUUCCGCUUCCGCCGCUGGAACUGCUCCAGCCACAGCAAGGCCUUUGGGCGCAUCCUGCAGCAGGACAUCCGGGAGACGGCCUUCGUGUUUGCCAUAACGGCCGCGGGCGCCAGCCACGCCGUCACGCAGGCCUGCUCCAUGGGCGAGCUGCUGCAGUGUGGCUGCCAGGCGCCCCGCGGCCGGGCCCCGCCCCGUCCCCCCGGCCUGCCAGGUACCCCUGGGCCCCCGGGCCCCGCGGGCUCCCCCGACGGCAGCGCCGCCUGGGAGUGGGGAGGCUGCGGCGACGACGUGGACUUCGGGGAUGAGAAGUCGAGGCUCUUUAUGGACGCGCAGCACAAGCGGGGACGCGGAGACAUCCGUGCGUUGGUGCAACUUCACAACAACGAGGCGGGCCGGCUGGCCGUGCGGAGCCACACGCGGACCGAAUGCAAGUGCCAUGGCCUGUCGGGCUCAUGCGCGCUGCGCACCUGCUGGCAGAAGUUGCCCCCGUUCCGCGAGGUGGGCGCGCGGCUGCUCGAGCGCUUCCACGGCGCCUCGCGUGUCAUGGGCACCAACGAUGGCAAGGCUCUGCUGCCCGCUGUCCGCACGCUCAAGCCGCCUGGCCGCGCUGACCUACUAUACGCCGCCGACUCGCCCGACUUCUGCGCCCCCAACCGGCGCACCGGUUCGCCGGGCACGCGCGGCCGCGCCUGCAACAGCAGUGCCCCGGACCUCAGUGGCUGCGACCUGCUGUGCUGCGGCCGCGGCCACCGCCAGGAGAGCGUGCAGCUCGAGGAGAACUGUCUGUGCCGCUUCCACUGGUGCUGCGUAGUGCAGUGCCACCGCUGCCGCGUGCGCAAGGAACUCAGCCUCUGCCUCUGACCCAUCGCCCGGCUUCCCAGACUGCGCGCAGAGCCGCCUCUCGGCACCUGCGGGACCUCUGGGCGCCAGCAGGGGGCGUUGCCAGGUUUCCCCUGGGAAAGUCCAUCUCCCAGGCCUCUCUAGAAACUGUGAGGCGGUGGGGCUUGAGAUAUACGCCCGCUCAUCAAGGCCCAGGGCACCGGAGGAGCCUCCAAGGGGCGCUUCCCGGGGGCUUCUGGGGGAGACCUCUCUCCUCGGCCCCCAGAUAGAAACCAAAGAGCCAGUUUCUAGGCCUCGGGAUGCGGGGCUCCUCAGAACUGCUGGCCAUGGGGUGGGUGGGUGCAUUUAGUAUCAAUAAAA